AUAAUUUGUCACCUCCAGAGUCCUUCAACCCCACCGCCGGCUGAUCAGUCUCACUGCCUCGACCUCGUCUGAUUCGAGGCGGCCACAUGCCACAUUCCAGUUCUCCUUCCGCCAUCAAUUAGAUGACCUCUCCAUUACCCCUCCGGUAGCACGACCGCGACAAUCAUCACCGGCAACCCCCAUGGCCCAGGGCCAGGGUACCAUCAGCGCGACGGAACACUUCUGGUUUCUCCUAGAUAAAGGUGAUCGCAAGUUUUCUCGUAUCCGCGAACUUCCAAACUUCGGCCGCGCUAGGAACGAUGCGGACUUCCAGAAGGCUUUUAAGAUCUAUACGCAGCUUUGGAAGCUGCAGCAGGAGAACCGGCAGAAGCUGGUGGAGGCCGGUUUGAAGCGGUGGGAGAUUGGUGAGAUCGCCUCGCGGAUCGCGCAGCUGUACUACUUUCAGUACCAGAGAACCAGCGACAGCGGGAACCUACUCGAGGCCUACGUAUUCUAUGAAGCAAUCCUCACGCGAGAGUACUUCCGGGACUCGGCCGCAGCAUCGGGCGGUUCGGCGCCGGAUCCUGCACUGGCUAAUAAGCAGCUUCGUUUUUUCGCUCGGUUCCUGAUCGUGUGCCUCGUUCUCGGCCGCCGUGACAUGGUUUCGAUACUCGCAAACCAUCUCAGGACGCUUGUAGAUGAGUCCAGGAGGAGCUUUCAGGAAAUAGAGUACAAAGAAUGGAAGCAUGUGGUUCAGGAAAUUAUCCGAUUUUUGAAACUUGAUACAUCUUUUAUGAAUAUGAGGCCAUUAAGAUAUAGCUUUGUCUAUGACACGCAUCCAGAUUCUCUUCCUGUUGCUGCUUCUUACAACUCUAGGAAAGGUUUAGUUCUACGUGAUGCAAUAUUGAGCAGCUAUUGUCACAAUGAGGUUAAGUUUGCAGAGCUUACUCUAGACACAUUUAGAAUGCUUCAGUGUUUGGAGUGGGAACCAUGUGGCUCGUUCUCCCUAAACAUUGCUACUGAUAGCAAUUACAAUGGAAUGGGACCUAAUCGUGUGAAUCUACUGCAAGACAUCAGAGAUUCUGCCCUACCCCCCAACCCACAUAAAGUAAUUUUGUAUCGUCCGACUAUUACAUAUUUUCUUGUGGUUCUUGCCACCAUAUGUGAAGAGCUACCUCCUGAUGGAAUUCUGCUAAUUUAUCUUUCAGCUUCAGGAGAAAUUGGAGAAAAUUAUCCUAUGCUGUUAAGUUCUAAGUGUUCUGUUGAUGCUGAGAAACAAAGAGGGGACUCUACAGAUGCUGGUAUGACCUCUCCACAAGUCUCUCCGAUCAAAAAUCCAUUUGAUACUUCCUCGCAGAGCAAGGAGAGCUACAAUGACAAAGAAGAAGCUUUCUUGUGGUUAGGCUCACGAGGAAUUAAAGGUUCCAACAGCUUGCAUCCUUGCGACUUGAUUCCAUUUACAAGAAAGCCGCUUUUUCUCAUUAUUGACAGUAAUAACAGUCAUGCAUUCAAGGUCAUUCAUGGGGAAGAGAAAGGAGAGACCAUGGCUAUGUUACUCUCUCCAACAUCUCAGUCUCCAGCCAUGGGAGCUGCUAGUGAGUCUUCCCGCAAUCAAAAUAUUAGCCAAUUCACUAUGUUCCUAACAGCUCCGGUUCAAGCUUUCUGCAUCUUGCUGGGUGUGUCUGGCAUUAAUAUGGAAAAGGAAACUUAUAACAAUGCUGAAAAGUUAUUUUCAUCUUCAUUAAAUGACUGGGAAAAUGCUUUACUGGCAUCUGAUGAACUGCAUCCAAUUUGGAUUGAGGUAUUGGGUGAUCCAUUUUUGAGGCGAUUUCUUCUUAGGUUUGUUUUUUGUCGGUCUGUUCUUGCACUAUACAACCUAACAUUCCAUCAAGAAGAAUUUCUUCCUUCUUGUCUACCGGACUUGCCUGACUGUCUACACCCAGAGUCUGAUCUAUCUGAGUCUGUUGUGCUUGCGCUUGCCAACUUCUUUGGUGUCAAUGGUCAUUUUGUUUUCUCCAAAGGGACAAAGGUACUUGAACUUAUGGCUGAUCAUCGUCUUUUGGUUUAUACAUAACAAAUUAACAAGCUUGAACUUGGUAUGGACUUGGAGCAACCUUUCUUUUAUGAUGGUCUAGCUGAAACAGGACCUGUCAUCUAAAACUUAUGCUCAUCUUUCAUUACUAUAAGAGUUGAUAUAAAUUGCUCGAGUUAAUUAGAAUUAAUUCAUUGUGUUAAAGUUGCCAUGGAAAUUAAGGAUACAAAUGUUUCUUGUAAUGAUCACCGUAUCCUUUUCAUUAGAGUUGAUUUUAUUUUAUUUUUUUUAAAUUUUGAUGUACGUUUUUUCAUUGUAAACACAUUAUAAGUGCUUCAAUAAAAGGCUUGGUGGUUGUGCGUUCCA